GAAGAAGACUACUUCCUCCCCGUUGAAGACCAACGAGUUUUCGGCGCUGGAAUCCGCCGCAAGCGCGUACCGUUUGUUCGUUCCUCGGAGCAUGAGCUCAACACCACCAAUGCCACCACUGCAGCACCGAUGACAGGGAGACCAGGACCGAGUAUAGCGGAUAAAUAUCUGUCUAUUGUUAUGCCGAAAAGCAGUCAAAGCACGACCGCCAACAGCACGACGGAACAAAAACCGGCGAUAUGCGAAGUCUGCAACCUCCCUCUAUACCCCAGUUCAACAACCACAACAACCACGACAACCACGACAACCACGACAAUAGAUGGCAACCGUGACAAACCCCACGAAAGCUCCCUCGCGCACCAACUCUGCCUCACCCACUCCCAUCCCCCUUCCCACCUCGACCGCACCCGUCAGGGCCUCCGUUACCUCUCGUCCUACGGCUGGGAUCCCGAUAGUCGAGUUGGACUGGGCGCACCGGGGCGAGAGGGUAUCCGGGAGCCGAUCAAGGGGCGGUUAAAAGCUGAUACGAUGGGAUUGGGUGCUGACGGGCUAAAGAGGAAGGAGAGGGAGAAGAAGAAGGCUGAGAAGAGUAGGCCGGCGAGGGUGGAGAAGUUGAAUGCGAAGGAGGUUCGGAGGGGGAAUUUAGAGGCCAGGAGGAGGGGGGAGAAACUGAAGGAGAUGUUUUAUCAGAGGGAGGAUGUGCAGAAGUAUUUA